GGGAGGGACAGUUUAAAAAGCAACUUCUGCUACAAGCUCUACACCGGCAACAUGGCUGACUCUGGAAUAACCAACUUGGAGAAAAAGGAUCCCUUCGCUGAUGUCGGAGAUGAGCAGGAAGAGACCGCCCAGAAAGAGGACAUCCACAUCAGAAUCCAGCAGAGAAACGGACGAAAGAGUCUGACAACUAUCCAGGGAAUUUCCCAGAAUUAUGACUUGAAGAGAAUUAUAAAGGUGGUGAAGAAAGAGUUCCAUUGUAACGGAACAGUCGUGGAGCACGCUGAAUAUGGGGAGGUGUUACAGCUUCAGGGAGAUCAGAGGAAGAAAAUGAAACUAUUCCUCCAACAAAUUGGACUCGCUUCUUCCGAACAGAUAAAAGUUCACGGAUUCUAAUCUUUCGACUGCUCUUGGAAUCAGAUUUUUCCACUUUGGACCUGUGGCUUCCAUUGUUGUCUUGUGUACAUAUCAUGUUUUUUGCUGGUUUUAAACACCAAAACUUUUGGAAUUUUCGGGCCACAAGUAAUAAUCGCUAAAAAGUAACAUCUAUUUUUUAUUCUGAUCCUUCAGUGAGAUCUUGCUUCGAAGUUUUCUAGUCAGGGAACUCAUAAGUUUUGUGGCUUGAACAAAAUCUUUUGACGUACUAUUGGAAGAUAAAUAAUGUGAUCUGAUUUCAACCUGGGGACUAAAAAAUAGCCUGUUAAAAGUUUUGGGAUAUUAUUAUUUGAUUAUUUUCAGCAUAAAACAUGGUGUGCAUUGCAGGGGUUGUACACUCACUCCCUCGAGGCGUGUUAACAAACUUUGUUAUUUGUAUUUUGUGAUGAAAAGCACCGCUGAAAGUCACGGAAAUUUAUUUUUGGUGACAUUUUA